AUUAUAUGCCAAAUUAGGAUUACAAGUCUGAUGUGUGAAUGUUAAUAUUUUUUAUUCUGUAUGGCAACAUUACAUUGAACCUUCUUUUUUACGAUUCUUCUGUGGAGCAAAAGCUACAAAAUGAAGCAAAUCGUCGCUAAUCAAAGGGUGAAAAUCCCCGAUGGAUUGACGGUUCACGUGAAGUCACGGCUUGUAACUGUGAAAGGUCCUCGCGGAGUUUUGAAGAGGAAUUUCAAACAUUUGGCGGUAGACAUUCGCAUGGAAGGUCCAAGAGCACUUAAAGUGGAAAAAUGGUUCGGUUCCAAAAAAGAGCUUGCGGCAGUAAGGACUGUAUGCUCCCACGUAGAAAACAUGAUCAAAGGUGUAACAAAAGGUUUCCAGUACAAGAUGCGAGCUGUAUAUGCCCAUUUCCCCAUCAAUUGUGUCACCACUGAAGGAAAUACACUAAUUGAAAUUCGUAAUUUCCUUGGUGAGAAGUACAUCAGGAGGGUCAAGAUGGCACCAGGUGUCACUGUUGUGAACUCUCCAAAACAGAAGGAUGAACUGAUCAUCGAAGGCAACUCUCUCGAGGAUGUCUCUAGCUCAGCAGCCCUCAUCCAACAGUCAACAACUGUGAAAAACAAAGAUAUCAGAAAGUUCUUAGACGGGCUCUAUGUUUCUGAGAAAACUACUGUUGUGCAGGAUGAGAUAUAAUAAGGACAUUAAAUAGAAAAUCCGUA